UAUUGUGUUGCCAAUAGUGAUGGCUGUGCCAACGUUAUCAGCUGCAAACUGGCUGCCAGGAGCAUCCUAAUUAAAAAUAAACAGCUCUGGAGGUGGGCGUGGGAGAGUGAGGACAGGGAUCCUGCCUGAGUUACUUAGGACAUCUGGAAUUGCUCCUAGGAAAGUCAUACCCUGGUCACUUUUAAGCCACCUCCUUUUCUCAAAAGAGUCUCUGUCUCAUAACAAGGUGGUGUGGUAUGUACAACUUGCUCUGCUUCCCUAAACCCCUGGGUGUUGGGGUGACAAGCAAACAGACAAAGCCAUUGGAAGCAGAUUGCAUGGUGCUGUUCAACCCCAAGAAGGAAAGGUUGCCUGGGGGCUUAAUGAUUUCUGCUGGGUCUCUAAAUUGAGGGGGACAGCUAAAGCCCAAGGCCUUUUCUAAGAGGGGUUAGAAUUUCAUCAGAAAGCAAGUCUGGUCACAUGAGAAUUUCUGGCACUGUGUGCAUGGCAGGCUGGACACUAGCCUGCCAGGAUUGAGUGAGUGGAUCGUAUUGGCUUCGGCAGAGGGGAAAGUCCCAGACUGGCCUGGGAGAAGGAGCUGACUGCCUGCCCCGCCACGGACUGCGGACUGCGAGCAGGAGCAGCACAGCUGCUGCGUGAGGCUGGGGCUCUAACGUCCCCAAAGCCUCUUUUCUUUUAACCCUAAGGAAAGUGUGUGGUCCCUGGGACCGAAGACCGAAAGAUGCCUAAGGAAUGCAAUGCUUUCCACGCUGUCUCGGCAGCUCUGUGCUGCUUCUAUCACCGCAAGUCUUUCAUUGGAGUCAAGUUCUCCAAGGAGAGGCACGUCAUGGACAGGACCCCUGAGAGGCUGAAGAAGGAGCUGGAGGAGGAGCUGCUGCUGAGCGGCGAGGACCUGCGCAGCCACGCCUGGUACCAUGGCCGCAUCCCCCGACAGGUGUCCGAAAACCUCGUGCAGCGAGAUGGCGACUUUCUGGUGCGAGACUCUCUGUCCAGCCCUGGGAACUUUGUCCUGACCUGUCAGUGGAAGAACCUCGCUCAGCACUUCAAGAUCCACCGCACGGUUCUGCGGCUCAGCGAGGCCUACAGCCGCGUGCAGUACCAGUUCGAGAUGGAGAGCUUCGACUCCAUCCCCGGCCUGGUGCGCUGCUACGUGGGCAACCGCCGGCCCAUCUCCCAGCAGAGCGGCGCCAUCAUCUUCCAGCCCAUCAACAGGACGGUGCCCCUGCGGUGCCUGGAGGAGCGUUACGGCACCUCCCCGGGCCGGGCCUGGGAGGGCAGCCUCGCCGAGGGAAGGCCAGAUGUGACCAAGAGGCUGAGCUUCACCAUGGGCAGUGCCCAGGCCCGAGAGCAGAGCUUGCCCAGGGGAAACCUCCUCAGAAAUAAAGAGAAGAGCGGGAGCCAGCCAGCCUGCCUGGAUCACAUGCAGGACCGACGAGCCUUAUCCCUCAAAGCCCACCAGUCGGAAAGUUACCUGCCGAUCGGCUGUAAGCUGCCCUCGCAGUCCCCGGGCGUGGACGCAAGCCCCUGCCCUAGCUCGCCCGUGUUCAGGACGGGCAGCGAGCCCACUCUGAGCCCGGCGGUGGUUCGGAGGGUCUCCUCGGAUGCCAGGCCGGGGGAGGCACUGCGGGGAUCGGACAGCCAGCUGUGCCCGAAGCCACCCCCAAAGCCCUGCAAGGUGCCCUUCCUCAAAGCUCCCUCGUCUCCGCCCGCCUGGCUCAACUCGGAGGCCAACUACUGUGAACUGAACCCAGCCUUUGCCGCAGGCUGUGACCGGGGAGCAAGGCUGCCCUCGUGUGCCCAGGGCAGCCAUCCCGAACUGCUGACGGCCAAGCAGAACGGGGCGCCGGGCCCCCGGAACUCUGGCAUCAACUACUCGAUCCUUGAUGGCGAUGACGGGGCGAGACCGUGGGAACCUUGGGCAGCACAGACAGACAAGGAGAACGAGGGCAAGUUCAUGAAGCCCGUCCUGGAGACUGUCUCCUCGUUCAGGCCCAACGACUUUGAGUCAAAGCUCCUUCCUGCUGAGAACAAGCCCCUGGAAACAGCAAUGCUGAAACGUGCAAAAGAACUGUUCACCAACAGCGACCCCAGGGUCAUUGCCCAGCACAUGCUGAGCACGGACUGCAAGGUUGCUAGGAUACUUGAAGUCUCUGAAGAGAUGAGGAGGAACAUGGGCGUGAGCUCGGGGCUGGAGCUCAUCACCUUGCCUCACGGACACCAGCUGCGUCUGGACAUCAUCGAAAGACACAACACGAUGGCCAUCGGCAUUGCAGUGGACGUCCUGGGCUGCACGGGCACUUUGGAGGACCGAGCGGCCACACUCAACAGGAUCGUCCAGGUGGCAGUGGAACUGAAAGAUUCCAUGGGGGACCUCUAUUCUUUCUCAGCAGUCAUGAAAGCCCUGGAGAUGCCACAGAUCACAAGGUUAGAAAAAACGUGGACUGCCCUGCGGCACCAGUACACCCAGACCGCCAUCCUCUACGAGAAACAGCUCAAGCCCUUCAGCAAACUCCUGCACGAAGGCAGAGAGUCCGCAUGUGUUCCCCCAAGCAAUGUGUCAGUCCCACUGCUGAUGCCCCUUGUGACCUUAAUGGAGCGCCAGGAUGUCACUUUUGAAGGAACUGACAUGUGGGAAAAAAAUGACCAAAGCUGUGAAAUCAUGCUGAACCAUCUGGCAACAGCCCGAUUCAUGGCGGAGGCUGCGGACAGCUACCGGGUGAAUGCCGAGAGGAUCCUGGCAGGUUUUCAACCAGAUGAAGAAAUGAGUGAAAUCUUCAAGACUGAAUUUCAAAUGCGAUUGCUAUGGGGCAGCAAAGGUGCACAAGUCAAUCAGACAGAGAGAUAUGAGAAAUUCAACCAGAUUUUAACUGCGCUCUCACGUAAACUGGAACCUCCUCCUGUAAAGCAGGCAGAGCUUUGAUGACUCGCCAAAGAACCUUAGGAUAUUAUUUCAAGCGUCUCCCGUUUCUUCUCUGGGAAAGCUUAUCAUUUGAUAAAGUAAUAACGUACAAAUCUGACAACAUACAAGCUUUUAGUAUCCACAGGAUAUUAAACAUGUAAAUUGCACAGAGCAUACUUAUUUAUGGAUUGUUUAAAAUUACUACUGAUUUUUAAAUGAAUGAUAAUUUAUUAUUAAGGUAACAGUUGCUAAUGUUGAUCAGCUAAUUUAAGAGAAGACCUAGCUGUGUUGGCUGGUUGCUUUCUAUUAUGGCAUUUGACCAUUUUAGUUUUAAUUCCAUGUCAGAUAAGUGUAAAUAGAAGAGUUUAAAAGAAAAGCAUGAAACAUUUCAGAAGGUAUCAGUUGUAUGAUAUUCUUCAAAUAAAUAUGAAAAAUGUAAAUAGUCAUGAAUGAAAAUAUAUCUUUUUUUG